UGAACGACAAAAACCCAUUCACGCAAAAUCCAAGGCUAGAACGGCAACGCAUGCACGAGGACCAUGUCAAGAUUUCCAUAAAGGCGCACAAUUACACCGUUUGCUUGACGAAAAGUCUACAAUUGGACUCUGCGCCUUGUGCGCAUGUACCAGCCCAAGAUGUGGGCCGGACUUCUAAUGCUGCUCUUGCUGAGCAUUGUGAUGGCAGCAGCUUCGUUCUUCGCUGGACUUCUACCAUUGUCAUUAAAUCUGACGCCACGACAGUUGCGCCUUAUAACUGCUCUGGGGACUGGUGUCCUGGUCGGCACGGCGUUGAUUGUCAUCAUACCAGAAGGAGUGGAGACAUUGUACAGAGCUAGCGAAGAAGCGCACAACCACCGGACGAGGAGUUUGGAUUUGGCAUUGAGAGAUGUCGUCGCAUUGGGACCAGCUGUGAGCAACGUAGAAAUACACGGAUCAUUCCCGCGCGACGGCGUGUUUACUUACGACCCUGACGUGAGUGGGCGUACUGGGCCUGACGAUGGCUAUCCUGGUACGAAUGAAGAUGGAGAAGGCGAUGCACUACACCCCAUCGUUGGAUCACCAUCUCACGACAGUGGAUCGGCAUCAGACCCAAAGUCGGGCAAGGACGAAUCGGCACACCGGGACCCACAUGUUUGGGUUGGCGUAUCGCUCAUCGCGGGAUUCAUCUUGAUGUAUCUGAUCGAUACUUUGCCCGAACAGGCAAGUACGUCUCUAAGCCAGCAACCCCAGCGGUUCCCCAUCAGCCUGAACUCGUUCAGCUUCAACCGUUUACGCUCUUUUUCAAACCCAAUCAUCGAGGACGAGUCAUUGGACGAUCACGAGAAUGCAUCAGGCGGGGGCCGUAGCAUCGACAAAUCAUCGCGUCCGAGCUCGACCACCCUCGGUCUCGUCAUUCAUGCAGCAGCAGAUGGUAUUGCGCUCGGCGCAUCGAGCGCAGCAUCAGGAGGUUCUGGAAAGCGAAAUCUCAGCUUGAUCAUCUUCAUCGCUUUGAUGCUGCACAAGGCGCCUGCCGCCUUUGGUCUGACAUCUGUGCUGCUCAAGCAAGGACUGAGCAAGCGCAUGGCUCGCGCGCAUCUGGUCGUUUUUAGUCUGGCUGCGCCCGUCGGUGCGCUUCUCACUUGGUCGGCAGUACACAUCUUAGGCUUCGCGGGCAGCGCAGAUUCCACCGAGGGCGAGUUUAUCUGUGGCCUGUUGCUUCUUUUCUCCGGCGGAACAUUCUUGUACGUGGCCGUCCACACCAUGCAAGAAUCGAGCAAGCCUGGUGGAAGACAUUCGCACGAUGGAGAGAACGGAUACGCAAGCGUCGAGAACCCAUAUGCACCAUCAUCGGCACAGGGCAUUAAUUCAAAGAGCCCGUCGAACAGCGAUGGUAUGCUGAGUGUUUUGGUUACAGUUGGUGGCAUGUUGUUGCCUUUACUUACGCAAUGGGGUCAUGCCCAUUGAGAUGUUCUGAUAUAAUAUGAUGUGGAAAUGUUUCAUGUGCCAAAGAGUCAUGUAGGAUUUACAAUAUCUAUCCAUCCGAUGAGUUACUCGACAUAUUCCCAUGCC